CGCCUGCGUGGGGUUCGGCCACGCCCCGGGGCCUGGGCCCUCGCGGUGCAUUGUGGAUGCGGUAGUUCCGUCGUGCUUAUGGUUUCCUUAAGCGUGAGUGCUGAGGUUCACCGUGUGGAAUAUAUCAGACACCGGAGGAUUCCUGCCCUGUCCCCAGGUUUUAGAACUUGCGACCGAUGUCGGAUGUCCCCGGAUGGUUGUUUAAUGGCAAGAACUCAGCAGACUUCGUUGCGUUAGGUAGCCCCAAAAGCAGACCCCUGAUUUGUCUGUGAGAAACUGAAAAUCAUCUUUUAAGAAGUGGCGCUUCGAUUCUCCGCCCCCACUCCCAGUUCCUUAAUUAUGCUGUAGAAGUAGGGGUUUUGUGAACACCAUCCUGUCUAGUGCUGAUCUCACCGCACAAUGACUUUGUGUUUCACGGGUAUUCGAAGCUUUCCCAAGCUUUGGAAGAGCAACCCAUACCUUGGCCUAAGCCUGGGGCACUCUUACUUCUCUCUCUUUCUCAAAGACCGUUAUGGCAUCCGGGAGCAACAGAAGUGGUUUUCUCUUAAAGCAGUGUCUGCACAAAAUACCAAAGCAGUGAAUCUGCUGGUUGCCAAGUCCAGAUGCGUCAGGAAAGGAGAUAAAGGCAGUAAUAAGGAAGUUUCUUCUGAUUCCCAUCUGUUUGCAGCUGGAGCGGCUAGGAAGAGAUCACAGAUGAAUCCUCUUAGGGAAGAUCAUGCCUUGCCACCUGUAAGGAACACUAUUCAACUUCCAACAAAACCUUUGACUUCAGAAGAGUGGGAUAAACUCAAGGAAAAUUUCAAAGGAAAAGCUAAUUUUGCAAGCUGGAUCAUUUCACAAAUGGCACACUCCCGUAGCUCUAUAGAUGUGGCCAAAUCUCUGUUAGCCUGGGUAGCUGCAAAAAACAACGGUAUUGUAGGCUAUGAUUUGCUGGUCAGGUAUUUGUAUCUCUGUGUUUUUCAUAAGCAGACAUCGGAAGUUAUUGAUGUCUAUGAGAUCAUGAAAGCCAGAUAUAAGAGAUUAGAGCCUGGAGCCUAUACUCUCCUCAUCCAGGGAUUAGUCCGCUCAGAUAGAUGGAAGGAAGCUUUGUUGCUGUUAGAGGAUGUCAAAAAAGUCCUGAUCCCUUCAGUAAGGAACUACAAUGAUUGUAUUGAGGGAGCCCUCCUCCAUCAAGACGUGAGCCUCGCUUGGAAUUUGUAUCAGGAACUGUUAGGUCGUGAUCUUACUCCUAUGUUGAAAACUUUAAAAGCAUUCUUUGAUUUUGGAAAAAACGUGAAAGAUGAGCAGUAUUCAAAUAAGCUACUUGACAUUCUUUUGUAUCUAAGAAAUAAUCAUCUAUAUCCUGAGGAAUCAUUUGCCCACAGUAUCAAAACAUGGUUUGAGAGUGUUCCUGGAGAACAAUGGAAAGGACAGUUCACAACAAUCAAGGAAAGUGGUCAAUGUUCGGGCUGUGGAAAAACCAUGGAGUCUAUUCACUUGAGUCCAGAAGAGUAUGAAUUUCUUAAAGGAGAAAUCAUGAGGGAUGUGAUAGAUGGAGGUGAUCAAUACAAAAAGACAACACCUCAGGAACUCAAGAGAUUUCAGAGCUUUGUAAAAUGCUGCCCUCCUUUCGAUAUCGUCAUUGAUGGGCUCAAUGUUGCCAAAACAUUUCCUAAAGUUCGUGAAUCUCAAGUUCUCUUGGAUGUGGUCUCCCAACUAGCCAAGCAGAAUCUGCAGCUGCUGGUCCUGGGCCGAAAGCACAUGCUAACACAGCACUCCAGGUGGAGAAAGGAUGAGAUGAAGAAGGUGCAGAAGCAAGCCAGCUGCUUCUUUGCCGACAACAUCUCAGAGGAUGAUCCGUUCCUUCUGUAUGCCACACUACACUCGGGGAACCACUGCAAGUUCAUCACAAAAGAUCUGAUGCGGGACCACAAGGCCUGUCUGCGUGAUGCCAAGACCCAGCGUCUCUUCUUCAAGUGGCAGCAGGGACAUCAGCUAGCAAUUGUUAAUAGGCUUACAAGAUCAAAAAUAACCUUUCAGCAUAUCCCCAGUUACAACACAGUGGUGCAGACAACUGGAGACUCAUGGCACAUACCAUAUGAUGAAGACACGGUGGAAAGAUACUCCUAUGAAGUGCCAACCAAAUGGCUGUGCCUUCACCGUAAGACGUAAAGACUCUACCCCAUGCUGAACUAGUGUGUGGGUGCCCUCUGGUUGGCAUCAGAGCUCUUCGGUCGAUGCUUGUUCAGAGCAGUGCUCCUGCAUGCACAGUGGCAGGAGCCACUUUGUCCUGUUUGGUCCCGUUGGUUUGCAUGUCAACAAAUUGACCUUUUUUGGAUUAAAUAAAACAUAAUAUCUUUUCAUAA